CAUAACACUCUCUCCCUCUCACACACAUGCACUAGACUACAACCUGCUUCAGACGACGCCCCACCGCCCCUGAGAUUUCCACUGAGGGCACAGCCAGGUCCGUCGUGCGUCUUUUUCGCUCGAGAGGAAGCCAUUGGGCUCUUAUUAUUGUCGGACUGCGCGCUCAGGCUGCCCACGGCAUCACCUUGGCAAUAACAGGAGGGGUGCCAACCAGAAGAAGAAGAAGAAGAGGAGGCGGAGGAGGAGGAGGAGAGGAAGGGGUGGUACAGUACUCCGAAUUGACGCUCAGAAAUAAACAAGAAGAGCCCCUGUUUGGAAGACGUCCGUGGCGGGAAGGCAUCUGCAUCUGAGAUGGCUGAGGUGUCACAAGAGGAGAAACUCCAGGCCAUCGCUGAGAAGAGGAAGAGGCAGACAGAGAUAGAAAACAAAAGGAGGCAGCUGGAUGAUGACCGACGACAACUCCAGCAUCUCAAGUCGAAGGCACUGAGGGAGCGCUGGUUGUUAGAUGGAGCUCCGGCGGAGGAGGAGACUCAGAAGCGUCUGCAUGAAGACGAGGUGAAGACUAAACUCCUGGAGCAGGUCAUCCUCAGGCUGGAGCAAGAGAUUGAGGAACUGGAGACAGACCCUCCAGCCAAUAAGGGUGUGGCCAAAGAAAAUGGAGGUGAGAAUGGAGUAGUGCAGAGCUCUGGUCAGACCCCCAAGAGGGAGGUGACAGGGAUUGAGGCCACGCUGCUGGGGCCCAGUCCUGACCAAGCUAGUGCAGAGAACCCCGUCACCCUGGUGUUCAUGGGAUACAAAACCGUGGAGGAGGAGCAGGAGAACCGCGCGGCCAUGGACGGGGUGGAUGGCAACGUCAAGGCCGAGUUUGUGGUGAUCGAGGAUGGGGAGGGGAAAGCUGGAGGAGAGGCGGCCUCAGAUGAGCAGGCUCCACCCAAUGGGAGCAUGGCGGAGAAAGAGAAGGCCAACGGAGGCGGAGAGGAUGGAGAGAAAGGAAAGGAGAAGAAACAGACCUGCAAGUGCUGCACGGUCAUGUGAGCUGUGUGAGUGUGUGCAUGCGUGUGUGUGUGUGUGUGUGUGUGUUGUGUGUGUGUGUGUGUGUG